AUUGUGAUUGUGAUAGAUAUUGCAUAUUGACGUCUUGACGGUAUGUGACGAUUGAAUGAUACAAGUAUAACGACGUUUCGAUUGUUGGCGUCUGAAAUUAUAGUGUUGUUGGUUCACGUUGUCAUGGAACUAUUAACAAAGCCUACCUGAGUAUGGCCGUGAGUUCACCACCCCUGACCGAACCGCCCAGACUCCUGGACUUGCUUCUUGACUUCUGCAUAACUCACGUGGAGACGUUGUGCGACACCGGCAAUGGCGGCAAGACACCUCGGUGCCUACGUCCCGACGUCAUCAUCCCGGCCAACAUGGCCGACCUGCUGCUGGCCAGAAUCAGCCGGCAGGGCCUGGGCUGGCACAAGCUGGACCGGUUUGUCGGGGUGUUCUGCAACACGGAGCAGGCCAGCUUGCAGAGAGUUGAUCUGAGUCGGUCCAAUAUCACAGACAGGGCCAUAGCGUACCUGGCGCGCCAUCGACUGCUGGAGCUGAACCUUGCAGAGUGUCCCAAGCUGACAUCUGCCUGCCUGCCGGACUUGUUGCGGCAGCCAGCACUCAAAGUACUGGACAUCAGCAGGGAUGCUGCUGCCCUUGCUGGCUACGGACUCCCUCGCUUUGAAUUCCCUUUAGAGAACCUCCGGGUCCUGAACAUUGGGUUCACCGACCUCAGCAGUACGCAGCUGCACUGUCUGGUGAAGCAACUUGUGAAUUUGGUUUCACUGGAUGUGUCGGGCGUGGUACAGAACGGCGACUUGCUGUUCUUGAGGCCGCUGUGUGGGCAGCUGCGCUUUCUUGUGCUGCAUGACUGUAUGCUUGUUGAGAGCAGCCUUGAAUAUCUCUGCAGUUUGACACAGCUCAGGCAUUUAGACAUCUCUAUCGUUGACACCAAGCAACGAAUUACGCUAACAAAUAAAUUUUUGAGGAGGCUAGUCAAAAGUUUGCAGCAUCUGGUAUCUCUUGACAUAUCUGGUAACACCUAUGAGAACAAAAAGACGGAACGACAACGAGAUGCAACUCCGCCGCCUUCUUCCAGAUCUCCUUCCACUCCACAAUCUGCUCCAAAAGCAGACAAAGACACAUCAGGGGGUACAAACAGGAAAAACCAAGAUCCAGAGCCAGAGGCAGAACACGAAGAAGCUGAUGAUGAGGAGAUGGAGACAAGCCCGACAGUAGACAGUGAUGCAUUGCUGCUGCAGGUGUCGCAGCAGCAGCAGCAGCAGGGGGCUGACGGCGACACGCCCAAAGUGAUCAGUUGCAUCGCUGGCUUGAGGGGCUUACCCAAGCCGCUGGAGUUCCUCGGAAUCCUUGGACUGGACGGGUUGGAAGAGAAAGAUGCAGCGCAUCUGCCUGCCAUUAAGGUUGCGGGGACAUUCACUGAAGACCACAUACUCAAUGCCAUUGAUGUCUACCUGAGACGAAAGCACUACCUGCUAGAAGGCUUGAAUAGCUACUUUGAUUUGCUUCGUGCGGUCGAGUGCUCUAAUCCGUCAAAAGCAGUCGAGCUUAUUCUAGCUGCGAUGAGGUACCACCCGAGAGACAACCAAAUACAGGUCUCAGCCAGUGCGUCUCUGUAUCAUCUGACGCGAGGAACCUACAGUGAUCGCCUCAAUAUACAACAUAAACAAGCUAUUAUCACCUGUCUUCUUGACGCCAUAGAAACUAUUACAGACAGCAUCACACUGCUCCAGAACUGCGGCCUGACACUCUUCAAUUUCCGGAUCCCUGAGGAGUUCCGUUAUCAGUUUGAGAGGGUGGUGACAAACCUGGUCAAGUUAGCCCUGACGGAGGACCCCAGGGGACUCCUACAGCGUAUCUAUGUCCAUAUGUGUAACUCAAUAGUCUGCCAUGUGGAAGGGGAGCAAAAACUGCUGGUGGGAAGGCUAGGCAUAAUCAAGUGUAUGCUGCAGUUGAUCAGAGAUCGUCUGGAGAGAAACAGGUGCGAUGAAGUCAUGGAGACAGCCUGGAGCACGCUGUGGAAUGUGACAGAUGAGACUGGAGAUAACUGUGAGAUGUUUCUUGAUGGCAACGGGAUGGAGCUGUUCCUGAAAUGUCGAGAAACGUUUCCCGACAAGCCAGAAUUACUGAGGAACAUGAUGGGAUUGAUAGGCAACGUAGCUGAGGUGCCCAAACUCAGGCAGCACCUUCUCAAGUAUGCCUCGGUGUUUAUGGAGCUGUUAGGAAACUGGAGUGACGGUAUCGAGGUCAGCUAUAACGCCGCCGGUACCCUUUCUCACAUCGCAGCAGAUGGUCCCACCGCGUGGACUAUCUCUCAUCCGCCACGGGACGAGGUCCUGCAGCGCAUGAGCAAAGCUAUCUCCUCCUGGGAACUGAACACACAAAGAAAUAUCAACUACAGGUCCUUCAAGCCUAUACUUCGUCUCUUGAUGGUCUUCCACACGCCUGAGGUACAGGAAUGGGCAGUCUGGGCCCUGGCAAACCUCUGCACAGUUACACCGUCAAAAUAUUGCAAGCUCUUGGAAAAAGAGGAUGGUCUGAUGAUGCUACAUGAAUUAGAGAGCGACCCUAGAACUAUGCCCAAUGUCAGAGAACUGGUGCAGAAGACGAUACAAAUCGUGGAGGAGAAUCUUGAAGAGCAGAGGCAUGAUGUACAUGUGGUUUGAAAACAGAAGUGCAGAAAAAUCUGUUUCCUGGGACCCAGUUAAAAAAGGAUUUUUUUUCUAGGCCUUUGACGAUUGACCGUAUAUUUUAGCAAGUAUGAUGCCAUUUCCGGGAUAAAAUUAUGGUCGGUAUACAGAGUGGUAUAAAAACCUGAGAAUAUUAACCGAGAUGUUCUUACUAAUUGCAGGCAUGCAACUUUUCCUCGGAUCCGCUGAUUUCCUCGUUUUUUACUUCUCAUGAAUGCCAUUACAAAAUUGAAAAAUACUGUACAAAGUCUUGUGUGGUUUAGAGUUUCCUCGUUUUUUCUAAAUUCCAAGUUGCAUUCCUGUAAUUGGAACAAAAGUAG